UAACUUACCAGGAAAAGUAAAAGUUGACUCUGAAGUCUUUGUAGUUGAUCCAAAACUCACGCACAAAUUAAGAAAAAUAAAUAGCCCCAUUAAUUUUCUUCUGAGUAGAGUAAUGUUCUUGAUUUGUGUAACAAAUCAUAAGUUUUCUUGCAAUGGUUUCUUUCCUUUUUUAUGUUCUAUUGUUUCUGUUUCUCUUUCCACUACACAAUUUAGCUCAAAAUAAUGGUAGGGUAGCUACUAGCACUUCUCUUACUGCAACAGAUGAAACCACCCCAUGGUUUUCACCAUCUGGUGAUUUUGCAUUUGGGUUCCAAAAACUUCAAGAUAAAGAUCAAUUCUUGCUUUGCAUAUGGUAUGCAAACAUACGGGAAAACACCAUAGUGUGGCAUGCAAAUAUCAGUAAUCCAGUGCCACGUGGAUCAAGAUUACAGCUUGAUUCUCAAAAUGGUCUCAUACUUAGUGAUGCACAAGGAAAUACAAUUUGGAGAACUGAUUCGCUUUUUGGUAAUAUUGACCAUGGAUUUAUGAAUGACACUGGAAAUUUUGUUAUUAUGGGAAAUGAUUCUACUGAUCCAUUGUGGGAAAGUUUUAGAAACCCAACUGACACUUUGUUGCCAAGUCAAACAUUGGAAAGAGGAAGCUUCCUUGUUUCUCAAAGAUCAGAAGCUAAUUUCUCUCAAGGAUGGCUUAGAUUGGGCACUGCAAGGAAAGGAGAAGAUGUGCUGCUACAGUUUCAAUAUCAGAUAAAUCAGAUUCUGACAUCACCAAAUUGUGACAUAUGA